CCUCCAUGCGCGGAGCACGCAUCGCUCGCGAUUCAUUCAAAUAUGGAAUACGUAACCGGUCGGUGACUUUGUAAACACUUGUCGACGGUUUGAAAAUUUGAAUUUCAAGUUUAUUCUUUUUUUGUGAAAAAUAUGAUGGACAGUGUUUAAUAUUCUUAGUACGAUGGACGUAAAUUGCGGAGUGUAUUUAAACGUUAAUUAUGUGAUUUCCCAUAGAGCUGCAGUUACUGUGGUGCAUGUGACAUCGGACGUUGUAAUUUAAUGGACAAGAUAGCAGAAAAAAUCAAUAUGAAGAUCAUUUCAUUAAUUACUUUGUGUGCCCUAACAUCAGCACACGAGAUCACACAGCUGCAGGUCCCACUUUACGCGGAUCCUCGUAGACCAGCUCUCCUCAGCUGCCACUUCCGCAUGGACGACCAGAAACUACACUCUGUAAAGUUCUACAGAGAGAUGAAUGAGAUAUUCAGAUAUAACCCCUCACAAAAGCCUCCCAUACGUCUGUUCAACCUGACAGACAUCAUGGUGCAGGAUGGUGAAUGCACUGCAGACUCGUGCAUGGUCAAGGUGAUGCCGCCGCCAGUCGCCACCAUGGCGGUCUACACUUGCGAGGUGUCGACAGAGGGACCCAAGUUCCAAAUAGCUAGGCAGACGAAGCAUAUGAAUGUUGUUGCCAUGCCGCAGUCGGACCCCGUGAUAUCUGGGGCUCCGAAGGUGCUCAAACCAGGGGAGCCCAUCUUCCUCAAUUGUUCCUCAGAUUACUCGUUGCCGCCGUCAAAUAUCAAUUGGUAUAUUGACGAUGAAUUGCAAAAGCCUGACGUGUGGCAGCGAACCGAGCUGAGUCCAAUGCAACCGGGAGGUUUACAAAAAUCCUGGCGCGUGUUGCGCGUGCGCAUCCCGCAGACGGUCAGUGGUGCGCUGCGCGUUCGAUGCGAAGCUAUUGUCAAGAGCGAGCCGCCUGUGGUCAAGGACACCACCUCCAUCAUCACUGUGCACUCGAGGACGCAACUCUCCAAAUAUGUGUCAAAUAGUAGAGGUGUAAAAUUAGCCACGAAUGCAAUAUUUCUAGUUACUGUGUUAUGGACAUUUAACGAAAUAUCAAGAUUCAUGAGCUUAUGAGAGUCGACUAGAAUCAAAACUGGUGAUAUUAGGGUGUAAGUGUAGAUAUCGGAUGGCCUGCGUCAAGUAUACAGAGUGUUACAAAAUUCGUAUGUAUAACGAAUUAGUAAGAUACGGUACCUUAUGUAGACCUUUUAUGCUAAAGACUUGUCAGUCGCGUCUGCUGUUACAAAUACGAAAACCUUCUUACGAGUACCCUUUUUAGAAGUGUUAUUAUUAAACUUCGCAUGCGAUCUACCCAAGGUACCAUAUCUUCGUGUGUAUAUAGGAAUUUUCUAACAGCCUGUACUUGACAACAAAUAUAAAGUUAUAAAAAUAAUCUAUAUAGAACAAAAAGGGACAAAGAAAUAGAAAUGCACUUGAUACUUAAAGAGAUUUAGUGAUGCAUCUAGCAGCAUAAUUCGUAUGUUAUUAUUUAAAUCAUCAAAUACAAUAAAGUCCAUAUUGCUGCCAUCAGACGGGAAAAUGCAUAUCUGUUUUUUUAUUAUGAGUUUUAUACAUAUUCGGAACUAUGGUUACGAAAAAAAGAAAAAAUGAUCUGAGUAUGUAGAUAAAAUUUUUGGCCGUGGCUUCACCUGCUUGCAUUUCCCAUUGGAGUAAACUUUCCAGUAUAAAAGGUACUCUAUGAUGUAUGCAAAAUUUCAUUAAGAUUGAUUGAGUCGUUAAACAAACUCAAUUUGAUUUUUAAAAUAUACAACGAAAUUAUUGAAAAAUAUCAUACACUUCUUUUUUCCAUAUGACGGCAGAUUAGUUCCAGUCAUAAAAUCCUUAUUUCUAUGAUUCCAAUUUAUAGCCACUGGUUCGGAAAGAUUUGUGACAUUGUACGAGAGAUUGUACUCGUAUGUAUCUAAUCGAUUGUAGUCAGUUGUCUAAAUUCGUUCAUUCGUUAAAGUUUUGUCUAGUUAAUAAAAAAAUAAACGACUGACCACAAAUAGUCAUCAAACUGUAUAGAUCAUUAUUGAUUCUAUAUGCAUCUAAACUUUACCUACCAGAAAAAUGAGAGUUGUGGGUGGCAAUUUUUUAAAAUUAUGAAUUGUAAGUAUAUCAGUAACGAAUUUUGUUGAUAUGUGUACCUACUCCUAUAUAUUGUGAAUAUUUAGCUAAUUUCAAAAAAAUCUCCCAUUUAUGGAAGUAUUCAUUCUACAACGUGCCAUCAACGAGUGGAAAAUUUGAAACAAAAUGCGAUGGGCCCAAAUUCCUCCAUUGCUCCGUCGUGUUUCUUUGGCGAUGACGCCGCGUGUGUUGUGCUCCGUGGUUUUAAUGUUGAUGUCGACAAUGUCGGAGCAAUGUGGCCUGGCCCUAAAUAUUAUUUUGUUUUUAAAAAAUAAGGCGUGCUUCACAUGACAGCUAAAUUGAAUUUUAACUGCACAUCGCUGUAGUAGUAUCGUGCCGUUGUAGGCUCAGAGUAACGUAUCUAAAUACCUAUAGAACCUCAUUAUGUAUCACGGAGUUAUUUUUUGUACAUUCUAAAUUAUAUUAUUAGAACAUGUGUAAUGUAAAUAAACCUUUUGUUAGUAUAAAAAGAUUAUAUAGAGCUGUAUCGAUCUAGUCGGUGUGAAUAUGGGUUAUUGAGAAAUAAAUUUUUUAUGUAUAAAAUAUAAAAGUCCAAGGUUUUCUUGUUAUAAUAUUGGAAAUAUCGUUUUGUCAUCAAUAUAAUGGAUAUUGUAUUUUUUAUGAAUUGUUGAGUGAACUUUAAUAUAAAGGCAAACGAUUUUGACAAACCCACGUAAUUAUGAGCUUUCAUCCCACAUAAUUUGUCAUUAUUCAUUAUUAGCCGUUUGGUGAAUCCUCGUACUUGUGUCAAUUAUAGAUUUUUUUAUUAUGACGUAAUGUAUAAGUGAUCGUACGCCUCUUUGUUACGCCUACUCUCUCGUUAAGAUGUCACUUUAUAACUUCCUAUUGUAAAUAGGCUGUCAAUGUACUUUAUUAAUAAAUUCAAGCUAUUAUAAUAAUAUAAAUUUAUUUACUCACAAAUUUAUUUUCCGGGAAUUAUUUAACGAAUUGAAAAAGAAGUUUCCUAAAAAAUAUUGUAAAAAAUGUUAAUAUUCCAACAGGGUGCUAAAAUAAAAUAAAUAACUCAUAUUUACGCCGAUAUUAUAAAUAUUAAAAUUACAGAUAACUCACAUUUAUGUUCUCUUUAAUAUGUCACGUUUUGUAGUUUCUCUGAACGUAUUAUAUAUAGAUAUAAUAUUAUUAGGCAUUAAUCUAUGGCUGUGUUUUCACAUAAGAUAUGUCAAUUCUUUGCACGACAUUAUCUUGUAACUAUAAUGUACAGUGACACGAAAAUUGUUGUGUUUUGAUUUCAUUUUAUUGUAUUUAUUGUAAAAUUUAAAUGGAAUACGUAAAUAAAGUUAUCAAGAAACACG